CACCAAACUUUUUAAAUGGCGUGGCCGGUAGUGAAAAAACAAGAAAAAAAUUAAUAAUGUAAAUAAAAAUCAAGAUAUUUUGAUAAGGUGUCUAUAAAAGUCAUAUGCCACCACCAAAAGUGUUUCACUGUCUACAAAAUCAUUGAAGAUCUACCCAAAAAAAAAAAAAAAGAGAUGGUUCUGCUAGAGAAGCUUUGGGAUGAUGUUGUGGCUGGACCUCAGCCUGACCGUGGCCUUGGCCGCCUCCGUAAGAUCACCACCCAACCCAUUAAUAUCCGAGAUAUAGGAGAAGGGAGCAGCAGUAAGGUGGUGAUGCAUAGGUCGUUGACCAUGCCGGCGGCAGUGAGCCCUGGAACUCCAACGACUCCAACCACUCCGACGACGCCACGUAAGGAUAACGUGUGGAGGAGCGUCUUUAAUCCGGGAAGCAACCUCGCCACUAGAGCCAUCGGCUCCAACAUCUUUGAUAAACCCACCCAUCCAAAUUCUCCCUCCGUCUACGACUGGUAACUACAAUUUUUCUGUUAUUUUAUUUCAUAUAGUACAUGAUUAUAACAUAGUCUUAGACUCUUAGAUGUUGUAGUAUAGAGAGAAACAAGUUAUUUGAUCGACUUAACCUUUAAGAUUUAUGACUUAUGAAACAAAGAACCGGAUUAUUCUACGAACGGAUAGGUUGGUUUAGUCCGGUUAUUGAUUUUUGUUAACAAUUAUCGAAUAUUUUGGUAUGUGUCAGCGUUGAUAAUGAAGCUCAAAGGAAGGAACAUGUGGCACUGUGUUUAGUGGGCGCGUGGAUUAAGUGAAUAGUUUUAUUCUGAUUUGACCAAAUCAACCUUCCUUUUUGUGCAUAUGGUAUAAUAUCAUUAACUCUUUAACCUUCAUGGCCAAAGUUUUAGAGUGCUAAUCACAGCCGUUGUUUUUUUCUUCUGAGUAUUGAGAUUUGAGAUUGUUGAUCGGAUGGUUCAGAUCACGAGUUGUUGGUUCACUAAUUGACCGCACGUGGGGUGUUUGCAGGUUGUACAGCGGUGACUCAAGGAGUCAGCACCGUUAGGGAUGGUCCGAUGGAGUGUGACAUGCGGGUGAUGUAAAUAUGGUGACCUGAUCUUCCGCCACCUUACUUUGUUUUUUUUAUAUUGUUUUUGUGUACUUUAUCAGAGUGGAUAAAGUGACGGGGAAUGUUUUUCUUUUGUACAAAAAACUGUCUUCCCACCUAAGCAAUGUGUGUUAGUUUCUGUUUUGGGCUGUGUUUUGCAAGUUUUUGUAUUUCAGAGUUGUGUAGUGUAGUUGCAAGUGGCGGUUGGAUCUUUCACUAUCUUGUUGGAUUUUGAUGAUGGUUGAUGCUUUUGCUUUAAUGUUAAAUAAAUAAGCAUACUUUUGCUAGGUACCAUUGCAUCAGUUCACAUUUCCUAGUUUUCUUGUACAAUAUCGUAUGAAGAAUUCUUGCGGAGCUUGAGUGACGUGCGUUGUUGAGACUUGAGAGUUGAGACAAUUGUUUUG